AUGUUUCGGUCAUACAGUCGAUACAUCGCUCGUUCGAAUCGAGCGGCUGCUCGAUUCCUUUAUCAGAGAAGACGCAUCCGUCGUCGGCUGGGUGUCAUCGCAUCCCGCCACCGUCGUCGGAUCCUUGCAGGAGGGAAUGUCCAAGCUGUCCAGUGGUGUGCUCUAGCUGAGUUGGAUGAUCCCAGAGAUUUCUGGGUCUAUCCACGAAGCAGUCAUUGGUGGGACCGGAUAGUACUCCAAGUAUGGGACGACCACGAAUGGAUAUGCCGGUUCCAAAUGUCCAGGAGCACCUUUGGUGAGCUGGUGGCGGCACUACGUCCCCGUUUAGAGAGGCAACGUACCACAAUGCGAGAAGCCAUAUCUGUAGAGAAGAGGGUGGCUGUGGCUGUAUGGUUCCUGGCAAGCGGCUCCAGUUACCAAGUGGCGAGUGACAUAUUCGGUGUCGGACGCUCCACCGUCGCCCAUCUGGUAGUUGAAUUCUGUCUGGCCGUCGAGCUUGAGCUGCUGUCUAAGACCGUUCGCCUUGGGCCCCACGUUGGAAGGAUAAUGGACGGUUUCCUGAAAUUAGGGAUGCCACACUGCAUUGGGGCCAUUGAUGGCACACACAUCCCCAUAUGUUCCCCCGGAGGAAAGGCGGACCAGUACGGGAACAGGAAAAGUUUCUCCUCAAUACUUCUCCAGGGAACUGUGGAUCACCGGGGGAGAUUCAUCGAUGCAGAGAUUGGCUGGAGCGGUCGCAACCACGACGCCUUCGUCUUCUCCCACUCCGCAAUCUGUGUCGCCAUGGACUCUGGGUCCUUUGUGCCGGGCAACCCCACCAUUUGUGUAGACGGAGUUCAUGUUCCACCCCUGGUACUUGCAGACGGUGCCUACCCCAUGCGCCGUUGGCUGCUGAAGCCAUUUGGAAGAUACGCUGAAUCAGAGGCACAUAGGAACUUUGACAGGUGUCUUUCACGGGCGCGCAACCGGGUGGAGUGCGCUUUCGGCCGUCUAAAAGCAAGAUUUCGGUGCUUGUCCCACCGACUCCAGGCCAGAGAAAAAAAUGUUGUAUCCAUUGUGACCGCCUGCGUGGUACUACACAACCUCUGUGAGGACAGGGGGCACGAAAUUCUGGGAGAGGUGGGCACUGUAGACCCGCUGCUCAUCUCCAGGGUGGAGGGACAAGAAAGGGGAAUGCUGGACAACCACCUGGAGCAGGGCAAGGCCGUGCGUGAGGUGGUGGCGAGUUGGAUAGCUCGUGGUGUCAGACAUGGACACAAUCAUUAG